GAAGCGACAGUUAUUUGUCGGACUACUCACUUCGUCACAGUUCACUUAUAAAAUUGUAUUUUAAUAUCCAUUUUCAUAAAGUAAUCAAUGAUAGAAAUAGAUUUUGAAAUCAAAUUCUUGUAGUCUUUCAAUUCGAACGCCAUUUUGUAGGCUUAUCGCACAAAAUGGCGAAUAAUUCGGAUGAGGAAAUCCGGCCCAUGGCUUAUCCUUUGAAAAUGAUAUCAAAAGAAGUAGUAGAACAUAUGCUCGGCUGGAAUAUUCCAGAAGAACAUCAGGAUCUAGUGCAUGAACAUUGGCGCAGUUUCCCAGCAGUCAGCAAGUACUGGCAUUACUGUCUUGCACUUAUUUACAUGAUGCUGAUGAUAACUUCGCUAACUGGCAACGGUAUCGUCAUUUGGAUCUUUGGCACCUCCAAGUCUCUUCGCAGUGCCAGUAACAUGUUCGUCAUCAAUCUAGCUGUGUUCGAUCUGAUGAUGAUGCUCGAGAUGCCGCUGCUGAUUGUAAACUCGUUCUACCAAAGGUUGGUCGGUUACCAACUCGGUUGUGACAUAUAUGCGGUACUUGGAGCACUUUCGGGUAUAGGAGGCGCCAUUACCAAUGCUGUCAUCGCUUUCGAUAGAUAUAAGACCAUUUCAUGCCCACUUGAUGGGAGGAUAAACAGGAUACAAGCGGGUCUCCUUAUCGCCUUCACGUGGUUCUGGGCACUGCCGUUCACAAUACUUCCGGCCUUAAAAAUCUGGGGACGAUUUGUACCAGAGGGAUUUCUGACAACAUGCUCGUUCGACUACUUUUCCGACGACCAAGAUACUAAGGUAUUCGUGGCGUGCAUCUUCGUUUGGAGUUACUGUAUUCCGAUGACGCUCAUCUGCUACUUUUAUUCGCAGUUAUUUGGCGCUGUGCGUCUCCACGAGCGAAUGCUGCAAGAACAAGCUAAGAAGAUGAACGUCAAAUCCUUGGCUGCGAAUAAGGAGGACGCUAACAGGAGCGUUGAGAUCAGAAUCGCUAAAGUAGCUUUUACCAUCUUCUUCCUCUUCGUUUGCGCGUGGACACCUUAUGCUUUUGUCGCUAUGACUGGAGCAUUUGGUGACAGGAACCUUUUGACGCCAGUCGCCACAAUGAUCCCAGCUGUAUGUUGCAAGGUGGUGUCCUGCAUAGACCCGUGGGUGUACGCUAUUAACCACCCCAGAUACAGGGCAGAGCUUCAGAAACGGUUACCUUGGUUGGGCGUCCGCGAGCAAGACCCUGACAGUGUAUCCACUACCACCAGUGUUGUUACUACACAAUCACAAGCACAACCUACAACAGAAGCUUAGACAGACUGGAUAAAAUCAAGAAUUGACAAAAAAAACUGACGGAAUUUACAAACAAACUAGACAAAACUGAUUUUUCUAUCAAUUUUAUGGUAUCAUGGUAGAAUUGAUAAAAGAAAAGAGAGAACUAGCAGAAAAAUAAAACAAAACUGAUAGAAAAACUCCAAGAAAUGGGAACAAAACACUGAUUGCGUAUCUAUUACUGCACAGUCACAAGUACAGUCUACAACAGAAACUUAGACUAACUUAACAAAAUCAAGAACUGGUAGAAAACAAAAUAAAUCUUAUGGAAAAUAACUCAGAAUUGAUAGAAAAACAAGACAGAACUGCUUUUUCUGUUAGUUCUUUUAAUGAUAGAACUAGUAUACAGAGAGACCUGACAGAAAAACAAACCGAAUAUAACAAAAAACACGAUAAAAUUGGUACAAAGGAAACUGGUAAAAAAAGAAACAAAAAUGGUAUGAACGAAACUGGUAAAAAUUCCAAAAAAGAAACAUAAUUAAAAUCUACCUAAUGAGUAGGUUGUACGUAAAAAUAUUUUAUAGUCAUUAAAUUAAGUCUCUAUUUUCGAACUAAAUUCAUAAUUUGAAAGACAUAACAAAACACGCGUAUGAAACAGCUAACAGUUUGUUUACAUUUUGUUCAAAUAAUUUGCUUAUUGAUUUUUAAUUAACUAUUGUUUUUAUCAGGACCCUUAGGGGAUGAUAGGCAGAAAAACUUACUUUGAUUUUCAUGUUACGUCUAUAAUACAUUUAAUAAAAUUUUUACAAUAGAUAAAGCAAUGCCUUGAGCUAAUACAAGCUUUGCUUGUGAAGGAGCAAUUUCCGAUGUAAUUCACCGAGGACUUGCCACCUGUACAUCCACUGUGAACUUGCUACUUAUAUGUAUGCUGUAUACGAGUACAAUUCAAUUUAUGUGCGUUAUUUUAAAUUCAAUUACAAAGAAUCAUCUAGGCGGGCUCUAAUUAUAUAUGAUUUAUAUUUUGUCAAUAACCUUAUGUCUCGUCUAUAAAGUCCAAAAUUAUAAUAAGAACAGGCACUUUGUUAUCGAAAUAAUAUUCCUCAAUUAACCACAAUAUCGUCAUAGCCGUAGAAUACUGACGGAUCUUUAUAUGUAAUCUUUGUCAGAUCCGUCAGUAUUCUACGACUAUGACGAUAUAAUCAAUUGUGGUAACUGCUUAAAGAAGAUAUUUAAUUGUUUACGUAUUAAUCAUCAAAAUACCAACCGUUAUUGUAUUAUUAUUUUAUUUACGAACAAUAAGUAUUAAUACUUACAAAAUAUUUCGGAUGAAUCAAUUCUUUUGCAGAUACAUUCAAAAUGAUUUACUAUGACUAAUGCAUGUCUAACGGAUAUCGAUUGAACAGAUUUUUUAUAAGUACUUAGUAAUAUUAUUAAGAGGAAAAAUACUGAUCCCGACGAAAUGGCUAUUUUCUUACAUUCAUUUGAUGUAUAUACAAUAUAAGAUUUGCAAAUCG